CGGAGGACUGAAACAGCUUUGAUUACAGAUCGUAAAAGGAUCUGUAGCUAAAUAGCUGCAGACAGUACCAUCCUCAUCAGAUCCUCGCGAAAGAUCAAGAAAAGAUUCAAGAGGACCUGGACAAUACUAAAACUACCUGCACAAAGUGCAACAAUGGGGCUAACUAAAGCCCAACUAUGGACUUGCCUCGCCCUUCUCUGCCUCGGCGGGACCGACGCAGCCGGGAGGCAGCAGAGAUCGGCGAUGAUGAUUCACUGUAUCAUUUGGGCUCCAUAUGUCAACACCAACUACCCAACUCCUGUUGAGGGUGGAGACUUUGAGAACAUCACCAACGUGAUAGCUGCAUCUACCUGCAAGAACCCUGUGGACAUCAAGUGCCAGGUUGCUGGAUUCGCCAUGCCAUACCAGGAUGUUGUGAACAUGGGCAUGCAGAACAACAUCAACUGUAACCUGUGGACCGGUCUGACCUGUAGCGACAACGAGCAGCCUAGCGGCUCCUGCUACGACUACGAGGUUUCUGCUGGGUUGCUGGAACAUGACGGAGCCACUCUGUGGUAGGUAUCUUCAUUACAAAAAUGAGCAUCAGA